AGUCUCUCUACUCAUUCGUUUCAGCCGGGUAAACGUUGUGUUCCAGCGUACUGUAAGGCUGUGGCACAGCGAGACAGGAUGUUUCACCACAAUACGUACCUAGGUAUAUCAUAGCCAUCACUCCGCUGUAUCCAUCCCAUCUUCCAAUUCACUAUCACUCUCAUCUCAUACUUCACAUACCCCUAAUUCUCAUGCAAUCAUGUCACAAAAUCACCUCACCAACGCAUUCCAAUCCCUAAGCCUCCAACGCCCAACCCCCGGCAUAACCCUCCUCGAAAACCAACACAUCGACCUCCCACCCAACUCACAACUCUCUCUCCGCUUCCACGGGCACCUCGGCCACGGCGGCAGCGCCAGCGUGGACAUCGUCUCGGACCCGACCACCGGCCGCACCUUCGCACGCAAGCUUUUCAAGCGCUACAACGGCAAAGACGUCGCCUCAUGGAGCGCAGCCGUGCACAAUGAAAUCGCCAUCACCAAGCGCAUGAGGUCCCACCCACACAUGGUCCAGCUUUUCGGCACGUAUUCGGGCAGCGGGGGGCGUGAGCUCGGCAUGCUGUUGCAUCCCGUCGCGGACGGGGGCGAUCUCCAGGAGUACCUAGAGAGUAUCCAGGACUCGCGAUCGGGCGCCACGGGGAGCCAGAGGGCGGUUUUGUGGAGUGCGUUUGGGUGUCUUGCGGAUGGGUUGGCGUUCAUCCAUCGGAGUACGAUUAGGCAUAAGGAUAUCAAGCCGAAGAACAUCCUGGUGCAUGACGGGAAAGUUAUGUACACGGACUUUGGGAUCUCACUUGAUGCGACGGGGUUGGAUAGGACGACGACAAGUGGGGUGCCGCAGGCUCUCACGAGGAGGUACUGUGCGCCGGAAGUGGCGAACUAUGGGCGGAGGAACAGGAAGACGGAUGUGUUUUCCCUGGGCUGCGUGUUUGUCGAGAUCAUGGCUGUUCUGUAUCCUGGUCUUGGUAUAGGUGUUGCGAAUGGCGGUGUUCCUUAUUGGCAGAUGGCGGAGGGUAUUCGAAAGGUAUUGAUAGGGUCCAGGGUUUCGGAUGCUCGACUGGGGGAGGUGCUGCGCGUGAUUCACGCCAUGUUGGAACCUACGAAUGAAGGCCGGAUCGACUCUGAAGACUUGUUACGUCGUCUACAGAGAAUCGAGUCGUUGUACCCGGGAUCCAGUCCCGUGCUGUUCUGCAGUCACUGCUCGCCAAACGGGCCCAAGGGCAAGGCUACAGAGACCGUCCAAGGUACACGAAGACGAGCAUCGCCAGGAAACACAGCAACAAAUUCUCAAGCAUUCCAGACGAACAACAGAAACCUCCCUUCAUACAGGACCUCCUCCCCAAGUCCUCCCUCCACAUCAGCAGCCGUCGCCAGAGCAAUCGAAAAGCCCCUCAAAAGCACAGAGGCACACGAAAGCUACAUCUACAUCUUCCCCUCACGACGCGAGCACGGUUUAGUCAAAAUAGGCACCGCAAGCAACGUCCCCGUCCGCUUGAAGAUCUGGCAAGGCAUGUGCAAGCACCCCAUCAGUGAGUACCCACAAACCGCCUCGGGCCAACGAAUCCCCACGAGAUACGCAGAGCGCGUCGAGCAGCUCGUUAGGGCGGAACUGGGAGACGUACGGUUUCAAGAUGAGAGGUGUGAUGGGUGCGGGCAGAAUGUGGAUCAUGAGUGGUAUAGAACCACGCCGGAACAUGCUGCGAGAGUCGUGAGGAAGUUUGGGGAUUGGUUGGAGGGGGACCCUUAUCAGUUUGAUGGCACGGAUGGGCCUUGGCAAUUGAAGGACAGAGCACGGAGGAGGGAUAUGGAGGUGCUGUGUCGACCUGUGCCUGUGAAAGAGUACUGAGCAUCAUGACGUGCUUUGUUGUAAUCGAUGACUUUUAGGUAUUCGGUAACUCGCGGGCGAGAUGGAUAAACACCGCUUCAACUUGUUUUCUUCAUCUAUUCUUUUAUAUCAUACUC